CUUCAUUCAGCAUCGCGCCCUCUGUAGGCUGGAGCCGGAGAAACACCAGAAUAACACUUGCGUUAAGAUUUACGGCUGCUGAUUGGCUAGUUCUGGACUAGCCAUCUAAGGUUGUGAUUGGCUGAGAGGUAUGUCAUUCACUGCGAAUCCUCGUUUCUAUCGGUGGACUUCAGCAGGAGACUAAGAGGACACUACAAUAUCCUGUAAUAUCCAAGUCGUGGAACAGACUGUAAUCAGGAGGAGAUGGCUUCUUCGAAGUUGAGAAGUAGAAAACUUUCUCCAAAACAAGAGGCUGCAUAUUUUAUAUCUGCAUGUAAAGACAAAGAUGGACUUUAUGUGAAAUAUAUAAAUUCAUAUAAAGGCCGUGGGGUAUACAGCAGAUUCCAUUUUGAGAGGGGAGAUUUUCUUCUGGAAUACAGAGGGCAACUCAUCAGCAGGCAUGAAUGUGAAAGUAGACAGAAAAUAUAUCAUGAUGCCCUCAAAGUGUUCAUGUUUGAAUUUUAUUUCAAUGGAAAAUUGUUUUGCAUUGAUGCUGCCCGAGACGAUGGCUCCCUUGGGAGACUGGUGAAUGAUGACCAUGUUAGCCCAAACAGCAAAAUGAAAAAAAUCACCAUAUCAGGAAAGCCCCAUCUAUGUUUAUUCGCAACCAGAAGCAUUAGUCCUGGAGAAGAAAUUACAUAUAACUACGGUGACUCUGACUGGCCAUGGAGAUGCAAGGUGGCUACUGAAAAAGACCAACUGCACCCAAAAGAGCAGAGCACAUCAAGUGAGAACAUAACCGAUGUGGGAAUGACUACGAAUGUCCAGUUGUUGCCAGAAGGACAGCAUGCAGAUGUCCUAAGAGAAGAGACAGAAGAGGCUGUUUCUGAGGGAGACCCCUGUGCCAAUACUCUGAUGGAUAACUCAUCACUUAGCAAAGAAAUGGAACAGGUAAUUUGCAUUAUGUGCGAUGCAUUAGGAGCUUAGAUAUUAGAAAUGCAGUUCUGUCAAUGA